UUCACUAGUGCUUUAUAUGUAGCCUGUUGUAAAACCAGGCAAUAUCUAGAUGAGUUGAUGUACCCCCUGGAAGACGUCUGCGUACUCCCAGGGGUAUGUGUAAUCCAGGUUGAGAACCACUGAUCUAGAUUUUUUUUCUCCCUCUCAGUAUACUGUUUUCUUGUCUUCUGUUUGCUAGAUCUAUAAUGUUAUUUAAUUUGUGUAUAUGUCUCCUGUAUUUUACUUGCAGAGCCAUGUUUGAGGUUAACAUGAAAGAAAGAGAUGAUGGGAAUGUUACUAUUAGUAAUUUAUCACCCAAGGCAGUGAAGGCUUUUCUCGAUUAUGCCUAUACAGGAAAAACUGAGAUAACAAAUGAUAAUGUGGAAAUGUUCUUCCAGUUGUCAUCAUUUCUUCAAGUUUCACACCUCUCCAAAGCUUGCAGUGAAUUUCUAAUAGAAAGUGUUGAUCUUGGGAACUGUUUACAGUUGUUGUCUAUAUCAGAAAGUUAUGGUUCUGCUCAUUUGUUUGAUCAUGCACUAGAGUUUGCACAGCACUGCUUUUCCUUGCUACUCAAAUCUAGUGAUUUCUUGGAGAUGAAUUUUGAGAUAUUGCAAAAAUGUAUUGAAGCAGAUGAGCUAUAUGUCCCUGAGGAAGAAUCUGUGUUGAAAGCUGUCCUACAGUGGACCAAACAUAAUUUAGAAACAAGACAGAAGCAUCUCCAUCACUUGAUUAAAAAAGUGAGAUUACAUCAGUUACCUGAAAAGACACUGAAGGACUUGUUGCAUUCUGAAGAAUAUUUGCUUCAGAGCACUGACUGCUUAGGAAUAAUCAAUGAUGCAAUUAAAAGUGUACAAAACUCCAGUGGACUAUUUCCAGAUGCUCGUCCUUCAACAACAGAAAAAUAUAUAUUUGUUCACAAGACUGAAGAAAAUGGGGAAGACAGACAGACAUUUUGCUAUAAUAUCAAAACUGAUAAAUGGAAAGAACUGCCCCACACACACAUCAUUGAUCUGCCUGGGUCAAGUUUAUCUAAUUAUGGAGAAAAAAUAUUUAUAACUGGUGGGUGCAAAGGGAACUGCUGUAGGACUGUUAGACUUCAUAUUGCUGAACCUUUUCAUGAUGCCACUGAUCAGACUUGGUGCUACUGCCCAGUCAGCAAUGAUUUCUCCAUAGUGUCAACAAUGAAAAAACCAAGGACUAUGCACACAUCUGUCAUGACUCUAAAUCAGUUAUUUAUAAUAGGUGGAAAGACUAAAGGAGCUCAGGACAUCAGAAGUCUUUUGGAUGUGGAAUCUUACAAUCCUCUCUCCAAAGAAUGGAAAUCUGUAAGCCCGUUACCAAGAGGCAUAUACUAUCCAGAAGCAAGUGCAUGUCAAAAUAUAAUUUAUGUCCUUGGUGCUGAAGUAGAGAUUACGGAUGCCUUUAAUCCAUCUCUGGAUUGUUUCUUUAAGUACAAUGCUAUGACUGAUCAAUGGUCUGAGCUUGUAGCAGAGUUUGGGCAGUUUUUUCAUGCAACUUUAAUCAAAGCUGUUCCAGUGAACUGCACGUUGUAUAUAUGUGAUCUUUCCACCUACAAGGUUUAUAGUUUUUGUCCAGAAACUUGUGUUUGGAAAGGGGAAGGAUCUUUUGAAUGUGCUGGCUUUAAUGCAGGGGCAGUUGGAAUAGAAGAUAAAAUUUACAUACUAGGUGGUGACUAUGCUCCAGAUGAAAUUACAGAUGAAGUACAAGUCUACCAUAGCAACAGGUCUGAGUGGGAAGAAGUCACACCAAUGCCAAGAGCCUUAACUGAGUUUCAUUGUCAGAUGAUUCAGUUUAAUAAAUACAGAGACCCAUGGUCAUCUGUAAGGCAGUGUGCUCUGGAGCAUUUUGAAACAUUAUAAGUUAUAACAGUCUACUUAAAUGCACAAUUACUUAAAACAUAUUAUUUUUAGCUGUUGCUAUAGGUUUUUGCAAAAAGUUUAUAUUAUAAACAUGUUCUAUUGAUAACUUAUGUUGUAGAAUUGUUUGUUUUUAUGGUAAUCAUGUAUAUCAACUUUUCUAUAGGAUUUAUAUGCAACUUCUUUUCAGAUGUCAUUUGAAUAAUUUGCAGAGCAACAUCACUUUUCAAGAAGUACAGUAAUAGGGGUUUAAUUUUGUAAUAUCUAUGCACUGUUACUUGUAUCUUCAUGAAUGCCUCAGUGGACAAAUCACUGAGCAAGAAAAUUGUGUUGAUAUUUUUCCUCCAUAACUAAUGGAGUAGAAAUAUGCUGAAUUUUUAGUUUAAUCCUAGCAGAGGAGCUGUAAACAUCAUGUGUCAGUUUACCCUUGCUACAUUGACAACAGCAAGAGCAAAUGCCAAAAAGGCCUUCACAUUCACAAGGCAUUGACUCUGGAUAUUUAGUGUGAAGGGAAUAAUGAUUUUUACAGUUUUAUUUCAUUGUGGCCUGUUUUCCCUACUCCUGUACUUGCUGUCUUCAUCCUGACGCUGUUGUCAGACAACCUCUGAGACUGACACCAUAUUGUAAGCAAUUGCUGUAUGGUGUGGGAUUCACACAGCAACCUCCUGCACCUUUGCAGAUGUCAUCUUGGUAGUGUUGCCAAACAUAAGUAGGCCAAAAGACCAAGAUUCUUGAGAUUGCUCUCAGACCUAGGACUUCCAUCUGUCAAGUAUAUAGUGCUACAUACUACAGCCAUGUGUAUACUACUGGCUAAAUCAGCAUUGCUGCGAUCGAUGCAGCGUAUUGAUUUAGUGAGCCUGGUGAAGACACGCUAAGUCCAUGGGAGAGUGCUCUCCCAUUGACGUCUGUACUCCACCUCCCUGAAAGGUGGAAGCUAUGUCAAUGGGAAAGUGUCUCCCAUCAACAAUAGCACGGUGUAAACACUGCUGUAAAUCGACCUAAGUUACGUUGACUUAAGUUACGUAAUUUACUAAACUGAAGUAACGUAACUUAGAUCGACUUACAGCGUUAGUGUAGACCAGCCCUAAGUCACUGGGCUAGCCUCUGCAGUAGUUUGUAUCACAAAUUCUAUAUAUUAUUGCUUUAAUUAACUAAAUUGGAAGUGUGUGUGUUUCAGUGUAUAUAAAAUACCAAAUACAGUACUGAAAAAUACCUAAAACUCCUCACUUUUAAAAUCAAAGUGGACAAGUAUUUCUAAAGUCAAGUAAUGGAUUUUUUUUUAAAAAAUUGUAAAUAGUCCGUAUUUUAACUGAACUAAAAGACACUUCAAGAUAUGUACUUUCACUUUGUACCUCACAGUCCACCUUAGGUGUAGAAAUACUAUAUGGUAACCACUAGACUAAGUAUAUUGCUUGGAUUUUUUAACAUAAUAACCUAUUAUGAUAAGAAUGUUAAACUUGCAAUGGACUUUUAGUAUUACUAUUAAUCUACAUAUAGUUCCUGGGGCAAAUUUAGCCCCCCACCUCACAGAGGAAGAGGUGCUAAUUAGGGUUGCUGGGUUCCACGCACAGAGACAAGCAUGGGAAGAUUGGAAAUAAGGAAGGGAGACAGACAUCUGUCCUGUGGAGGGGUACUGGCCUGAAAGUAGCCUUCACAGAAGGGUUCUGUAAUUUUCCACAACAUGGGUGAGAAAGAUUCCUUUUUUUCCCAGUGCUCGGCCUAGCUACUUGGGCCAAGCACUGGGGUCUGAAUUUGCCCUAAUGAAUAAUGUAUACUAUAGUGACAAUAUAUUUGAAGCAGUAAACUGAUCCUAUGCUAGACAGAAUUAUACUAAGCAUUUGGCUAUAGCAUGUACCCUGCUUAAGCAAUGUAAAAAAAAUAAAAUUCCAGAGGGGAAAGCUAUAGAAAUCUUUUCUGAUAGUUGAGACUAUCUGGAUAAUUUUAAAAAAUACCACAUGUGCAUUGGGCUGGCAUUUUGGAAAAGUCAAGUCAGUAUUAAUGUCUGGAAUUGACUCUCUCUUUGUGGCUAUUAUUUGUGGCUAAUAUUUCUGUUUCAAACACUAUACAGUAUAAGGCCCCAGUCCUGAAAUUGGCUAUGCAGACACACCAUUGAAGUCAGUGCGGCUCUGUGCUGGUGAAUGGGUCUGCCCACCUGAGCCUUAUAGGAUUGGGACUUAACACAGGUAGUUCGUAGAACUAUAUUAAUAUUUUUAGUGCAGUGCUAACUGCAAAAAAGAGCAGGGCAAAAGCAGAAUCUUAUGCUUUCAUGCACACAUCCUAGUGAAAGUGUUUUCCAGAAGUGCCUAAUAUACACUGUCUUUCUGUAAUAUUUGAGAUGGCAGAAAUAAGAUUUUAAUUCUUCAGUUGGAUUCCUUUGAUUUUAGUGAGACACAGUGCAUGUGACUAUAGAAUGGUUAAACCUUCCAGAUCCCCAUGAGUCUAGUUGCAAUUGACAUCUCCUGUCUGUGCAGGCCAUAAUGGCCACUUUUAACAUAUCAGUCUUAGAUCAAGAUUGCACCAGUCAGUGCCAGGUAUUCUCAGAUGUUACCUGCUCUAUUACAAGGAAAUAAAAACAAAAAUAGCACUGGCUUAAUAAUUUGGUAUCAGGCAGCCAUAUGAAGUUAGCCAACAUUUACCAAGAUGACUUUCAUAAGAACAUAAAUGAAAUUUUGUAAAUUUAAAGAGCUUGUUCUUUAAAUAAAUCUGUAGUUUGUAAUAAGAUUUAGGUCAAAUCCUGUUAACAAAAAUAGUAAACAGUUUGCUAUUGGUAUCGAGAUUUUAGUGUCAAGAAGGUAACAUCUACUUUUAUACUACUUUUUUCCCUAGAUAAUCCCCAAAUUAUUUACAAACUAUGCUUAAAUAUGAUGUAGUUCACAAUCCUCCCACUGAAAGCAACUGUCACUUGGGUUAAAACACAGCUGUUUGUUCUUAAUGGAAAGCAAAUGUUCAGAACAAUUCAGGAAAAGUGAAAAGUAUCAAAAUGAAACCACAAGAAAAAAAUGUAAGUAACUAUAUAGUAUAAUAACCCAGUUUCAGAUUUGAUCAGGACACUGAAGCUAACACUACUAUUCUUGCAAAAUCUAGGGUGGAGUCUUACUAACCAUGAGUUUUUACAACUUAAUUGUCACUUCUCAUCAAAAAUACAGGGCCUUAUUCUCCACUGCUUUGUCCUUGUGUAGUAGUUUACACCCAUGUAAAGUGAGUAAAGUUGAUGUAAAAUGCUAUGACAUGUUGGAUGUGCAGUUUAUCAAGGUGUAAAUGACAGGUUCAAGGAAAUAGAGAAUCAGGCCCAUAGUAUUUUUAACUAUCGCCAUCACUAGCAACUUGGUGGGCUACGGUCAGCAUUGAGUCAGCGGAAAGAACGACACCGACUGAAUCACAAAUAGUGUUUAUUAUAGCAAUCUGACUUUCCUUGGAGGUCUUCUAUCCAAGCACUGUUUAGGCCUAAUCUUGUUUUGCUUUGGGCAUCUGAUGGAAUCAUAACCCAUGGUAAAACUCUUGCCAUUAUUUAUAUCUGUAUUUCGUCAAAUAUAUAUAUAGUGAUGCUUCACUCAGAUUUUUAUUUGAAAAUAGAUAUGUUCCUUUAAUUUUUUCUUAAAGCUGUGCUAGAUUUUGCAUAUCUAAUGACUAAGAAAUGUCUUUAAAUCCAAUAAAAUAUCUGUAAACAAACCUAUGUAUAAUUUUUGAGAAUGAAACAAUGUGAAAGAGCUGACUGAAAUGAUUUUUUUUUGCUCAUAACGAUAAUUCAAGAGGAAAGCAAAAUUUAAGGCACAGAUAAAAAAGAGGUGGUAGUAGAUGCAGUCAUUAAAAAUUGAAUGUUGUUUGUUUUAAAAUAGCCUGCCAAUUUCUCUGCUAGUGCAGCUACACUGAAGUUUAUGCAAUUACACCAGCAGAUGAUUUGACCCACUGUUCCAGGCUAAGUCAUGUACAAUGCUAUAUGCUGCCUAAAGAUCAUAAAGCAUUUUACGCCUGUGCAUUAAGUGGCUUUAACUUUUUUUCAUCUAUGGAGAGCAGGUUGCUCUCCUUAAAGCACAAACAACUAGUAAAUUACACAAUGCAUCCUAUCAGAGGAGUAGCACUUACCUUUAGAUACAUCAGUGUUACACAAGGGCAUGGAGAGGACAAAUGUAAGACAUGUGGCUUGGUUAAGCAGUUACUUUUGUUCUGCCCUUCUGACACCAAUGCUUCAGUAAUAAAAAUGAAUGUGUGAGUUAAGAUAAUUUGUCAGUUUAACAUAUGCUUUGACUUCAUUCCUAAUUUCCCCACUUCUGUUAUCCCACAAAUUAGCAACAGUUCUCUCAGUCAUUUCUUCACUACUAUUUUAAAAUGUUUACAUUUCAUACAUCUGUCACAGGUCAGAGCCACGGCACCUGUAUUCCCCCUCCAUGGUACCCUUAAGAGCAUCCCUUCUAGGCUCCCAGCUCCUCAGGCAAAGACCCACAUCUCUCUUACUUAUGACUGAGGUUUUUCUAGGCUGCACAGUUCCCUGCCUACACUGUGAUAUCCCCAGCAAGCCAGACCACCUAAAAGGCCAAAGGUCAAUAUCUGCACUUUGCUUUCUCUCCAGAGGUUAUGUCCAAAAUUAUAAGUCAUCAUACAGCUCUUUAUAAGCAAGCACAUUUAUUGUUAAAGUGAUGUUAAAGUGAAAGCAUUACAGAAAAAACAUAAAAUAAUCUAUAUACAUGUUCAAAAUUCACAACUGAGUUUACCCUGUGCGUUACAAGUUCAUAACUGUCCCAGAUUCAGAACCAGAAGAGCCAUGAAUAGUUCAGUCUUUCCUUUGUAAUAACUUGGGCCUUUGAUCUUGGCCUCAUAUAACAGGUGAUCAGCAGACAAUGGCUCAUGCCUCAGAGUAUAACUUCAAAAGACUGAGUUUUUGCAUAACAGGAAGUGGGGAAUUUGCAUUCAUUUCUUCCUAGCUAUUGCCCAGGAAAACCACUUAACAUGUGUUCCAAAAGUCCAUUUUUGUCUGGCACAUUGUUCAAUAUAGUCCUUUAAUACCAUCACCACCCCUCUCGGUCUCCCCCUUGAGAGGUUACAUAUGAUCACAGCCCACAAUAAUACAACUGCAGAUACUAAUAAUGAUGGUACACAUAAUCCUGAUAUAUGUACAUUGGUGACAAAUAAUUACAAAGGAACAGAUUUGGCAGUACUUAAUCAGCUAAAUCUCCCAUGGAGUUCAAUGGGGGCUUUGCCUGACUAAGGACUGCAGAAUUAUCCAAUGAUCAGGGAAUAAUGUGGUAGUGUCAGUUACUUUAUAGUUUCCAUUGCCUUGCCUCCAAAGAGUUGUUAGAAUAUGGUGUGAUAUUUAUGUAGCUCUACAAUUUAUUAGGGUUAUAACGGUACUGGAGAAAAAGGUUAAUUGGCCCAAUUCCUCCACUCAGAGAGUUAUAUCUGAGAGCAGAAUUGAGCUCAAUGGUUAGACAUGUUAAACUAAAAACAUGGUUUCAAAACAUAAGGGAUCGCAUUCCUGCAAUUCUUGCUCAUGAGUAGUCCGUAGUCAUGUGAGUAAUCUUAUUGAAGUCAAUGAGACUACUCAAAUAGGAAUUACUUUUAUGAGUAAGAGUAUGCUUUAUAAAACUGUUAAUUACAAAAAUUACAAAAUUAAUGUGAAUACUUUUUUGUAAUUAUUUUCUUUUGACUUCUGUAGACUCUCAAUACAUUAUGAAGAAAGCACAUUCUUUUAGAAAGCCCAGAACUAAACUGGAGAAUGUGAUUGCUCUAAAGAGUAAUAAACAUUACCUGUAUUUUCACAGAAUUAUACUAUCAUGUCUGAAAGAAUAUCAAUUGCAUGUAAAUGUAUAUGGUCUUACUUGUAUUGAACAUUAAACAAUACAACCGAAACAAGUAAUUUAUAAUACUGACAUAUUGUAUGCCAAUAAAUUAACAUACAACAUGAUUAAUAGAAUAUACAGUCAGCUAACAUGUAAUUUCUUUAAUAUCUAUUAGUUAUUUUAUUGACCUAUCUUAAUAUUUUAGGAAUGAUAUUUAAAUGUUAUGACAUGUUGGUAGCAUAAAAAGGUUUAUAUUUUAGUGGUUAUCAUAUGUUUGCACAGACUUGGUGGUGUAUUUUAUUGUAUUUAUUUAAUUAUAUAUUAUUUUCUGUGUUAUAAAUAAAUGUUAGUAAUCCAUUAACUACAAGUUAAAGGUUAGUUAUAUUUGCAAGACAGGGUAGCUUUACUGGGUCAAUUUUCCUUCAUGUGACUCCAUGAACUAAGCCUUAUAUCCCAUGAGAAGUAGAUAUUACCACAGUAUAUUGAUGGGGGAGACUGGCACAACAAGGAAGGUAUGUUGGCAAAUUUUCAAAGGUGGCCUCUAAUUCUGGGUGUCUUGAGUUUUUAGGUACCCAAAUUGAAAUACUUUGAGACUAUUUUUCAUUAAAAUCAAUCAAU